UCACAGUUACUACACUAAAUUACAGCGCGCACGUUCUGUGCGUGUCAGAGAGAAGUAUGACCGAAGAGAACGUGUCGGAGUUUGACAGUAAAAACUCAGAAAGGACCUACAUGAACUUACCAUGACUUUCUCAAGGAACCCCUUUUGCGCUUUUUUACUUCUUGCUUUGUUGUUUUUGUCUUUAACAGUUAUUCUGAAAAAAUGGCACUUUGGUCUCCAGGAGAACAAACCUUUUGGUGAUGCUGCCCGCCCAGAUGGUCUAACUCCAGCGCGGGACAGAUUGCUCCAGCAACUCACGGAAAGACAACAAGAACUUGAGCUCUUGGACAUCACUUUUGAUGAUAAACAAGGCUUUAUGGAUCAAAGUUUCUCCACAAAUGACAGUGCAGACUAUAUCAAUGGGAAAUUAAGUUUGGACAACCCAUUAACUGCUAAAACUGAUAUUGGCUGUGAAGAACUUAGUGGCAUCAAAGCUGUUGAAUUUCUCGGUUCAGGUUACACUAAAACAGUAUUAAAAGCAGCACUGCCGCAAGGAUUAUUUGUGGCACUGAAAUCCGUAAACCAUCAAGGUACAGACAUGAGAUUGUGCAUGGAAGAUUUUCAAGAUUCCCAAGGUUGUAAUGAGCUUGUAUCUUUCAAACUGAGGAAGGAGAUUGUGUUAUUGCAGAGACUGCAGCACCCCAAUAUUGUAGAGCUGAAAGGUCAAUGUCAGGACAGCGCUCUGGUUGGUGGCAUCACAGCAGUUCUGGAGCAGGGGAUGCCACUUCAAAUGAUACAGCUCCUGCAGAGCCCCUGGGAAGAGCGCUUUCGGGUCUGUCUUGGUUUAGUGCGGCUUCUUCAAUAUCUGUCUCAUUCACCGCUGGGUUCAGUGGCCCUGCUGGAUUUCCAGCCUCGACAGUUUGUUAUGGUGUCAGGAGAACUCAAGUUAACGGACUUGGAUGAUGCAAGUAUUCAAGAACCGGCCUGUCAAGAGGACUCAGACUGCCUGCUGCAGUUUCCCCUCCGCAAUUUCACCCUCCAAUGCUCCCCCUCUAGAACCUGCGAAGGCUUGAACGAGAUGAAGAACCUCUACAAUGCCUACAGGUAUUUUUUCACCUACCUACUGCCUCAUCAAGCUCCCCCACUGCUGAAACCUCUUAUUCACCAAAUAAUGAACUCCACAGGAGAUUUAAAGCAAAGCAUUAACGAAACCCUGGUUGCCUUCGAAGAGGUUUUGCAUAUGUACAAAUCUGGGCUGCACCUGGAGAAUUUGCCGCCAUCAAUAACCAGAGAUUAUGCUGUCCUGAAAGGAAUGAGGAGUGUUGCAAAUAUGGAAUACAGAUGCUGGCCAUCGUACAACCACCAGGGCUGCGUGCUGUCUGUGCACACUGCCAGAGAGGCUGCGCUCAUCUGCAGUUCUCAUCCACAGUGCACGAGCUUCUCUCUCAGUAGUGAAAAAACAUGGACAGGUCGACUUCUUGCCUCUUUCAGAAGUGGCUUCAGCCAUCUGGUUCCAGAUGUGAACUCAGCAGUGUACAUGAGGAGGGUUAAAGCCUCGGGAGCAGUGCUUUGAGAAAGAGAAAGCCAGAGGAACUGAGGGGGAAGGGGGAAAAUUUGAGACAAAUGAAUGUGUUAUAUUUAUAGGCAUCUUACUCAAUGGCUGUUUGAUCUUCCUGCCAAUCCUACACGCUGCCAAGGAGCAGUUAAAAGGAUUUCCCUUCAGGUAUAAUUAACCUGAAGAAAAAAAAGCAGCACGAAAAAUACCGCUUUCUAACUGUUCCUCCUGUCUUACGUUCACAUGGCAUGGUCCACUGCAAGGACAUUGAGCCUAUUUUUCACUGGCUGAUGCCUGCAGGAGGAAAAAGAAAACAAGCUCUUUCACAGAUUUACUUUGAUGUUAAUGAGGCCAGAAGUUUGCAGCGUUUUGCUGGAUGCAAGUAUGUGCCGAGAACCGUGUCAAUAGGCGGAAAAGUGCUGAAACCACAAAAGCGCAGGAAUGUAUGUUGGACGCCAUUGUCCUUUCUGCAUUUACUGAUAGAAAUCUAGAUAUAUCAGAAGAAUGCCAGACUUCAUCCCAUGGGUGUGUCCGUUUUCUUGUUCUUUCAAAGAAAGAGAUUUUAAUGUUAUUUGUGUGGAUAUGUUCAUUCUACAUUCUGUGUUUUAUUUUAAUACCUUUUUUUAAAAUACAACCUAAGUAAUAAAACAAA